ACAGUUAUUAUUAUUAUUGAGCAACCAUGGCUUCGCUUAUUAUUCUCAGUUGCAUCUUGGCUCUCACCAAUGCCAACCUUCCAAAUUUCGUGCAAAGUCAACCAUUGGCGGAUCUAUUUAAAAUAAAUCGAGUCAUCGGAGGAAAGAAUUGCGCGAAAGGCGAAUUUCCUCAUCAAGUAAGUUUGCAGUUCGGCUAUCCACCUCUUGUUUCUUUUACCCACAUAUGCGGUGGAUCCAUCAUUGGCGAAAGAUGGGUUUUAACUGCGGGACACUGCGUACACGAUCUGCCUUCUUCCGGUCAAUUAAUUAUCAAGGCUGGGAAAAACUCUAUUAAAUCCAAAGAAGCAACAGAGCAAACUGCCUAUGCUGCAAGAAUGUACAUGCAUCCGCAAUAUCAAGGAGGUGCUACACCGUACGAUAUAGCGCUCAUAAAAUUGCUGACACCUUUCAAGUUUAAUAAGUACGUGGCCCCGAUCAAUUUACCACAGCCUAACAGUUUGCCUCAAGGAAACGCUGUCUUAAGCGGAUGGGGUUCGAUCUCCAAGUCCAGCAGAGCUAUUUUACCAGAUGUAUUGCAAAAGGUGACGUUACCUAUCAUUGACCUCGCUACAUGCAGACAAGCGUUCCGUGCUCUGGGCGAAAUGUGGGAAAACGUGCACGACACGAAUGUCUGCACUGGACCACUUACUGGAGGAUUUUCUGCGUGUCAGGGCGAUUCUGGUGGACCACUUAUCGGACAGACUGACAAUGGCACGAUCGAAAUUAUUGGUGUAGUCUCUUGGGGCCUCAUACCGUGUGGAGCUUACGGUGCGCCGGCUGUGUUCGUCAGAGUUUCUGCAUUCGUCGACUGGAUAAAUUAUGUUAUGAGAUACUAUUAUUACGUAUAAAUAGAUUUGUGAAAUACUAAGGUUCGAUAAAAUGCAUUGUGGUCGUAUUGAAUCUGUUAUAUUUCAAAUUAGUAUUCAAUCAUUCAUAUCUGUAUUUAUAUAUUCCGAUUUCGAUGCAAUCUCUACUGUCACGAUUAUUUAAAUAAAUAACUGUUUUAAUUUUGU